UCAUUUUAUUCUGGCUCUUCCAAAUAUGGAUGCUUUCAGCUUGUUAAGAUAUUGGAGAAGUAAUGGCGGUAGUGACACAACUCCCAAUGCUAACGUCACUACUUCCACCACCGCCACCACAACUACUAUUGUCACCGGAGUCAGCACUCAAACGUCCGACACCGGUUCCGACGACAAUGACAACGAUCACGGACCGUUUUUUGACCUGGAGUUGAGCUUACAUAACGAGAAUGACAAAAAUGAAAAUGACGAAGAUAGCGACGGAUCUGAGGAGGAUGACGUUGAAGAUGUAAAUGAGUUGAAGUUUGCGCUUGUGAGUAGCUCUAGCGGUGAUAGUACAACUGAUGACGUCAACGUUUCUGUUUCUCCUUCUGAUGAUUUGUUUUUUAAAGGAGGUUUUGUUGCUGUUGCUACUGAUGAUGAUGAUUCUGGUGUUCAAACGACGUCGUUUGGAGGAACACAUUCUUCGAAACCAUCGCCUCGUGCUUCCUUGCUGAAAUCCGCAACGAAGCUCCGAGUGAUGAUGUUAAAAUUGAAAAAAAUGAAAAUAUCUGAAAAUACUAGUACAGAAUUGAAGCAACAGAAAGACGAACAAAGUAAUUUUAUUGAAGAAGUACCCAUUGUAUCGUUGUUUAAACGACACAACAGUACUUCCAAAACUCAAAAAAAGCUACAAAACGACGUCGUUGAAUCGCAAAUACAACAACACCAACAGCAAACUGUUUCUGAAGAUAUUUCUGUUAAUGCUGAGGAGAAAAAGUUUUCAAAAGAAGCGAUGCAGAGAUAUUUACGGAAAGUUAAGCCGUUAUAUGUUCGUGUUUCCAAACGGUACGGCGAGAAAUUGAAGUUUUCAGGUCAGCUAGCUAUUAAGCAGAAGAUGUCUCCAUCGUCGUCACCGGCGACGGAGGAACGGAAAGAGUUAUCGACGGUGAAGGAGGGAAAUCUAGAAGUUUCUGAACCGCCGUUGCUGUCUGGUAAUGGUAAAGGAUUGAAACAAGGUAAUUUACCGGCUGGACUGCGAGUUGUUUGUAAGCAUUUAGCGAAAAGCCGGUCGGCUUCCACGGCGGUUGUUGCGGCUGCGCCGCCGGGUAUGAUGUCGUCUAAACGCCGUGAUGAUUCGUUGCUGCAGCAACAGGAUGGAAUCCAGAGUGCUAUUUUGCACUGUAAGAGGUCAUUUAAAGCUUCUAGAGAUUCGGAUUGCUCGUCAAGUGAAUCGGCGCCGGCAUACGGAAAAUGUGGGAACGAUUCGAUUUCCGACACGGCGGCGGAAGUGAGAGAGACAACGGUGGAGGAUGAAAUGAAGAAAAGUUAAUUGGAGUCAAAAGGGGGAAAAUGAUGCUGGUGAUACUUUUAGGUUUUUGAUGUUGAUUGUGAUAGAAACGAGGAAGAAAUAUUAUAUUAUUAUUAUGAGUUAUCAACUAGUAAUCAUGAUAAAUGAAUCAAGUAUAGGACCAUAGUGUUUUAAUAGUAAAUUAUCUAGUCAAAUUAAUGUCCCCACAGUAGUAAUUUUAUUUUUAUCAUCAUCGUGUUAGUUAA